UAUAGCCUCUGAUUCAAAUUAAAGUAACGGUUACGGAUUUGGUUUUAUUAAUUAAUUUUAGAAAUAACAACUCGCAGGAUUAAAAACAAGGAUAUGGACAAACAUAUCGCUUGUAAUUUGAAGCAAAUUCUUAAAACUGUUGUACGCCAGGACGAAUAUGAAGAAAUUGCUAAUGCAGAACUCACUUCUGAGAUUUUGUCUAAACUAAAUAUUAGCAUCAACAAACUGCCCCCAAAGUCUCUGAAGAUCCUCCAAGACUGUGUAAAAUACAGAGAUUUAAGUUUAGACCCAAUGUCAAUUUCUUUAUUGGAAAUGAAGGUAAUUGCUGAAAAAUUCCAAGACGAAUAUGAAAUUUUAAAGUUAAAUCAAAUGAAUGCAAGGCUACAAAUGAAAAUAGACCGAAACAACAAGUUUAUUGAAGGUUUAAAGAAAGAAUUACUAUCUUCACGGCAGUCACUCAUGCAGCAAAACCCAAACCCUGAGAAUAUCCAUGAGAGUAUUCGACAAGUGAAGCAGAAAUUAGUGGUAUAUGAACAAAGCUGUGAAAAGGCUAAGACAAACUUCUCAAAUCUCAAUGUUAAUGAAGCCAUCUUGCCAAAAUCCUUGAUGUCAUUGGUGACGUCACUGGCCGCUUUACGUGAAGAAGCAGCUAACCUAAAACGAGACGCUGAUGAUGUACUCUUUAUAAAACAAGCAGUUUCCAAUAUGAAAAUGAUUCGCUGAUAAUUGUUUAUGUAAAUUAUGGCAAACUAAUACUUACGUAGAUCGCAAAUCGUAGAUCUGUCCAAAACAAUGUCUUGAUAGUUCGUAAAGCUCGAUUUCAGUUGAACUUGCAUGAUGUCAAUUAAACAAAAUAAUCCGUGUAUUAGUUUCUGAUGUUGAAUGUAGUGAGACAUCUACAUAUAUCAGUAAUUGUAUUGCAAUAAUGAUACGAAACUCCAUGUACAAGUCGGUGAAGUCGUUAUCCACUAUACACUACACUAUAUGGGCCUAUUAGUAGCUUUAAAUUCAUACUAAUAUUAUAAAAUGGAAAUAUGUGUAUUUUUGUAUCUAAUUAAGUCAAAAUAAUAAUAUGAUGAAAUAUUUAGGACAUCCAGCCCUGUAAAGCCGGGCAGGCUGCUAGUUAGACAACAUAAAGGAAUUCUAUGUAAGUUUAAAAGCGUUAAAGGAUAAAAUAAAAAACUAA